CAUCUGCCGGAAGCGACCAGAGGAUAGAAAUCUGGCUGAGCUCUCUGUGCCUGUCAGGCAGGGAGGGCAGGGCAGGGCACGGCCCGAGGGCAGAGCCACCAAUAAAAGCCUCCCUGGAGGAAUUCUGCCCGCUCCAGUGCAGAGCAGCUGCCACCCAUUGCCAUCUCCCUGGUGCCACCAGCUCCUGCACUCAACACUCCCUGUGCUCCUCUGCGUGCUGCAUCAGACACAGAUUAACCACAGCCCUCUGGUGACUGUCCCACACCAGGACUCCCCACGCUCCCUGCGGCUGCCCAGGAAGGCUUCUGUUCCACAGCCAGGACAUUUCGCAACACGGGGCUUUGGCCAGACGGCAGCUACCCUCCAGCCUGCUGCACAAACAGCAACAGCUGUGCUAACAGAGACCUCAUGGCCACUUCGGGAAAAGUCAUCAGAUGCAGAGCUGCUGUUGCCUGGGCUGCAGGCAAACCCCUCUCUGUGGAGGAGGUGGAGGUUGCACCUCCAAAGGCAGGUGAAGUUCGUAUCAAGAUUGUGGCCGCUAGCAUCUGUCGCACAGAUGACUACGUUGCGCAUGGUGGCUUUCCUAACAUUGAUUUCCCUAUUAUCCCAGGCCACGAAGGAGCUGGGAUUGUGGAAAGCAUUGGAGAAGGAGUGACCUCUGUGAAACCAGGAGACAAAGUCAUCCCCCUCUGUAUUCCUAAUUGUGGGGAAUGCACCUUCUGCCUGAACCCCGAAGCCAACUACUGCGUGAAGUCCCACUUCUCAGAACCACAGAACCUGAUGCCUGACAAGACCAGCCGGUUCACUUGCAAAGGGAAACAGAUCCGCCAUUUCCUGUGGGUCAGCACCUUUGCAGAAUACACCGUGACUCCUGAGUGCGCCGUUGCCAAGAUAGAUUCUGCUGCACCCCUGGACAAGGUCUGCUUGCUCGGCUGUGGGUUUUCCACCGGCUACGGGGCUGCCAUCAACACUGCCAAGGUAAAACCAGGCUCCACCUGUGCUGUCUUUGGCCUCGGAGGAGUUGGCCUCUCUGUUGUCAUGGGCUGCAAGGUGGCUGGAGCUUCCCGCAUCAUUGCCAUUGAUAUCAACAAGGACAAAUUUGCCAAGGCCAAGGAGCUGGGAGCCACUGACUGCAUCAAUCCUCAGGACUUCAACAAGCCCAUCCAGGAGGUGGUCACUGAGAUGACCGGCCAUGGCGUGGACUACUCCUUUGAGGCCAUCGGGCGUGUAGAUACCAUGAUUGCUGCCCUGGCCUCCUGCAAUAUGAACACUGGUGUCUUUGUGAUGGUUGGGGAACUGCCUUCUGGUGGAGUGGUUCCUGUUGAUCCUCUGCUUCUGCUGACGGGCCGUACAUGGAAGGGGUCUCUGGUCGGAGGUUCGAAGGCAAGAAAUUUUAUCCCCAGAUUAGUUUCCAGCUAUCUGGAGAAGAAAUUCAACUCAGACUUGCUGAUCACACACACGCUGCCAUUUGCUAAAGUGAACGAGGGAUUUGCGCUGUUACAUGCAGGAAAAAGUAUUCGCACUGUCCUGCUCUUUUGAAGGACACAACUGUGGGAGGCUGAGCAGAGGGACCAGCACAGCAGACCACCUCCCUCCUCACCCAGCACCUCACUUCGUGAAUGCAAACGAAGAACUGGCCAACACUGGUGCCACUGCCAGCUCUCCCGUGCCCAGCCAAGACCCAGGAGGACGCCUCUCCCGAGAAAAUGCUUUUAGCAAUAAAGGCCUUCAGUCAAACUUG